CAUGUACCCCAGCGUAAUGGAGGAUAUGAUUAUGGAUGACAAAGCAAUGUUUAUUUGUGUAACUACUGCGACUGUAGAUGCUGUCAUGUGAAUUUGAAUCUGUCUGGUUGAAGAGUGCUUCAAGCAGUCCUUGGUAGCCCCGUCGAAGGUUGCAGAUGCCCUGCCAAGGCGCCCUCAAUCCCACCUAUUGGAUGCGGAAAGCUAGCUUGUGCAGUCGUUUGAACGAGCUGCGAAAGGUGGUCUUUCCCAAAGAUAGACCUUGGGAACGAGAGGACGAGAAGCUCUACUCACGAAUGAUAGAAACUCUCCUUGCAUGGCCGACGGGCCGAGAGUAACGACUCUUUCUCUGUCUUUCCAAUUACUGCCUGCGACAUGCCACGCAAUAGACCGAGACGCUCCAACCUAUGAAGAUACCUGGAAUUGAAGAAGCGAGGAACGAGGCCUUCAGGCUGGAGGUCUUCGCGCUCUAUCGGAUGUGACGGAACCAAGAGCUACGACAAAUCAUGCAAGGGGGCUGCCGCGAUUUGAGAUCACAGUGCGCGGGGCUUGUACUUUCUUGGGCAUGCUCUC